UUUUAUUUCCAGACUUGUUUUCAACUUUUAUCUCUGUUCUUUUUUAGUCCACCGAUUUACCACAUGACAAGGACUCAAGAUUUGCCAAAUCUCGUUAUUGUGCAUCCCCUUGUGCUGCUUUCAGCUGUAGACCAUUUUAACCGGCUUUCUACAAACAGCACCCAGCGCGUUGUAGGAGUGCUAUUAGGGUCAGUAUCUAAAGGGACUGUCGAUGUUACUAACUCGUAUGCAGUGCCAUUUGAGGAAGAGAAGCCCAAUAGUAGCAUCUUUUUUUUAGAUCAAAAUUACCAUGAGAACAUGUGGUCCAUGUUCAAGAAAGUCAGCGCGAGAGAAAAGGUGGUUGGAUGGUACAGCACAGGGCCAAAGAUUCGCCCGAGCGAUCUGUACAUCAACGAAUUAUUCAGGCAAUAUACACCCAAUCCUGUAUUUGUCAUCAUCGACGCUCAGCUUAUCGAAGUGGGAAUUCCAACAAAGGCCUAUGUGUCCGUCGAAGAGGCGUUAGAGAAUGGAAAAACGGCUAAUCGUUUUCAACAUAUUGCGUCAAUCAUUGAGGCAUUGGAGGCCGAAGAAGUCGGUGUUGAGCACCUUCUCCGUGAUGUCAAAGAUACCAACAUUUCUGCAUUAGCUACACAAAUCAAUAACAAAGUUUCGGCAUUGAAGAGUCUUAUUGUUCGAAUUGGGGAAAUGCACGCUUAUUUGAACGAUGUUGUAUCUGGGAAACUGACCGCCAAUCAUACA